CAAACAUGGCGGCGCUUAUACAGUUGCCUUUACAGUAAUUAAUUCAUAAAAAUUGACUUGUGUUUAGAAGCGACCGGAUCGUUGAUACAAAGAACUACCUGAUAAGCUCAUCGUGGAAGAGACCAAGGAUUCGGCGCCUGCCACUCAGAAUGCAUCAUCCACCAUUGACAAAUGUAUUUGCUGACAUCUGUUCCAAUGUCAGCAAUUCAAUUUACAAGAGAACUGGUACAUGAAUAAACGUCAACCGUUCUUGCAAAGGGAACAAAAACAUAUUAUGUGGCACCUUUUCUGAGAAACCUGGGGUCUGGACUCACGCACACUAUGGCCAAACACAACCCUGUACUGCAGCUGUCAAGUUUAGAUCUUGACCCUCAGGUAAACUUCUACUGGAUGAGAGGACAGAGGACCUUUCCAAGGGGACAUCAGGGUGGCCGCGGCAAGCCAAUCAGAUUCCAGAUUGACGAUAAACCACACAGUCAGAUAAGGAUACCUCAACAACUUCCACAGUUUGUCUCCCUUGAGGCAGCGAUUUCUGCUGAUGACCUAGAGAUAAAGUGUGCCCCAGACCUGCUUCCCAUGUUCAGGAGACAGUAUGAGAACAACAUCUUCACAGGAGCCAAGGUUCCUGACCCAGGGUGUUAUGGCCACACCCAGUUCCACCUGGUCCCUGAUAGGUACCGCAGGGACAAAAUGGCCAAACGGAACCUGACUGACCAGAUCGCGGUCUACCUGAGAGCUAAUGGCAUUGCCAGUCAAGGUUUCUGGAGCCACGAGGAUGAGGAUGUGACCAGGCCCUUUGUGUCCCAGGCUGGGAUCACUGAUGGCCAGUACUUCUCCUUCUUCUGUUACCAGCUCAACACCCUGGCCCUGUCCAUGGAGACGGAUGCUGUUAACCCCAGGAAGAACUUGUGCUGGGGGACAGACAGUAUUUGUCUGUAUGAGGUGAAGGAUGUUGUUGUGGUGGGGCUGGAUGACAGGGUCCUCAAGCUCCUGGUCUGGUUCCUACUGGGCAGGUCAGGUGGACAUGUAGGGUAAAAUAAGUGUUUUUGUUGAACUGUUUCCAUCUGGAUUCAACAGUGGCAAAUGUCAAUUCAUGGACACUGAACAUGUACAGUAUGUAUGUGUAUAUAUACCGUACAUCUCUGGUAUGAUCUGGCAGAAUGUAUUAAUGUGGGGGAAAAAAUAAGGAAAACAACAGUUGCAUACAGGGUUGAUUGGUGUCGACAUCACUAAGGACCUAUCAUGGUCCAAACACACCAAAUAGUAGUGAACUGGGCACAACAAUGCCUCUUCCCCCUCAGGAGGCUGAAAAGAUUUGGCAUGGGCCCCUCAGUUCCUCAAAAAGUUGCAUCAUUGAGAGCAUCUUGACUGGCUGCAUCACCGCUUGGUAUGGCAACUGCUCGGCAUCCGACCGCAAGGCAC